GAGGCCGGGCCUUGAGCAGCCUUGCUCAGCAUCCCACCUCCUGGGGCUGGGGCUUGGUCCUCCCUGCAGGAACCCGGCGCUGACAUUCAAGCGGGGGGUCAGGAGGCCCGGCGCGCCUGCAGAGCCGCGCUGGGGGGGGGGGAGGGAAGAGCUCAGCGCCCGGGCUUUGGGCUCCGCUGGCGGGGUCCCAGGGGUCCGCCCGCCUCGUAGGCGCGUCUCUAGGCCCCGGGAAGCCUGUCGGCUGAGCCCGGGCAAGCACGAUUCCGGGGCAGGCAGCGCGAAAUCAGGCUAAGAAAUGGCGUUUCAAAAGGCAGUGAAAGGGUCCAUUCUUGUUGGAGGAGGUGCUCUUGCAACUGUUCUUGGCCUCUCUCAGUUUUCUCAUUAUAGAAGAAAGCAAGUGAACCUGGCCUAUGUGAAAGCAGCAGAGAACGUUUCAGAACCUAUUAACAGGGAGCCUCCUUGCAGAGCAGCUCAGCUCCUGACUUUGCAGAACACAGACGAAUUCGACAUCCUAAUCAUUGGAGGAGGAGCAACAGGAAGUGGCUGUGCACUUGAUGCUGUCACCAGAGGACUGAAAACAGCCCUUGUAGAAAGAGAUGAUUUCUCAUCAGGGACCAGCAGCAGAAGCACUAAAUUGAUCCAUGGUGGUGUGAGAUAUCUUCAGAAGGCCAUCAUGAAGUUGGAUUUGGAGCAGUAUAGGAUGGUAAAAGAAGCCCUUCACGAGCGUGCCAACCUACUAGAAAUUGCUCCCCAUUUAUCAGCUCCAUUGCCUAUAAUGCUUCCAAUUUAUAAGUGGUGGCAGCUACCUUACUACUGGGUAGGAAUCAAGCUAUAUGAUCUGGUUGCAGGAAGUAAUUGCCUGAAGAGCAGCUAUGUCCUCAGCAAAUCCAGAGCCCUUGAACAUUUCCCAAUGCUCCAGAAGGACAAGCUAGUAGGAGCAAUUGUCUACUAUGAUGGACAACACAACGAUGCACGGAUGAACCUUGCCAUUGCUCUCACUGCUGCCAGGUACGGGGCUGCCACAGCCAAUUAUUUAGAAGUCGUGAGUUUGCUCAAGAAGAAAGACCCCCGCACGGGGCAGGAGCGCGUGAGCGGUGCACGGUGCAAGGAUGUGCUCACAGGGAAGGAAUUUGAUGUGAGAGCCAAAUGUGUUAUCAAUGCUACGGGACCUUUCACAGAUGCCGUCCGCAAAAUGGAUGAUAAGAAUGCAGCAGCUAUCUGCCAGCCUAGUGCGGGGGUGCAUAUUGUCAUGCCUGGCUACUACAGCCCUGAGAGCAUGGGACUUCUUGACCCAGCAACCAGUGAUGGGCGAGUUAUUUUCUUCUUACCCUGGGAAAAGAUGACUAUAGCUGGAACUACUGACUCUCCAACAGAUAUUACAUCCCAUCCUAUUCCUUCAGAAGAAGAUAUUAACUUCAUUUUGAAUGAAGUACGAAACUACCUGAGUUGUGAUGUAGAAGUAAGAAGAGGGGAUGUGUUGGCAGCAUGGAGUGGUAUUCGUCCCCUUGUCACAGACCCCAAGUCUGCAGAUACUCAGUCUAUCUCCCGGAAUCAUAUUGUGGAUAUUAGUGAGAGUGGCCUCAUCACUAUAGCAGGUGGAAAGUGGACGACAUAUCGGUCGAUGGCAGAAGAUACAAUCAAUGCUGCUAUCAAGGCUCACAAUUUGAAAGCAGGACCAAGUAGAACAGUUGGACUUUUCCUUCAAGGGGGUAAAGAUUGGAGUCCAACACUCUUUAUUAGGCUUGUGCAGGAUUAUGGACUUGAAAGUGAGGUGGCACAGCAUCUUGCCACCACUUAUGGUGACAGGGCUUUUGAGGUGGCAAAAAUGGCAAGUGUGACUGGGAAAAGGUGGCCAGUUGUUGGAGUGCGUCUUGUGUCAGAAUUUCCCUACAUUGAAGCUGAGGUAAAAUAUGGGAUUAAGGAGUAUGCCUGCACUGCAGUGGAUAUAAUUUCACGUCGUACUCGCUUGGCCUUUCUGAACGUCCAGGCUGCGGAGGAAGCCCUACCCCGGAUUGUUGAGCUGAUGGGCAGAGAGCUGAAUUGGGAUGAGUCUAAGAAACAGGAAGAACUUGAAACAGCCAGGAAGUUUCUGUAUUAUGAAAUGGGCUAUAAAUCUCGCUCAGAACAGUUAACAGAUCGGUCUGAAAUCAGCCUCCGGGCUUCAGACAUUGACAGGUAUAAGAAGAGAUUUCAUAAGUUUGAUGCAGACCAAAAAGGCUUUAUUACCAUUGUUGAUGUUCAGCGAGUAUUAGAGAGUAUUGAUGUCCAAAUGGAUGAAAAUACACUACAUGAAAUUCUGAAUGAGGUAGAUUUGAACAAAAAUGGACAGGUUGAACUCAAUGAAUUUUUGCAGUUGAUGAGUGCUAUUCAGAAAGGAAGGGUGUCUGGAAGCCGGCUUGCUAUCCUCAUGAAAACAGCAGAAGAAAACCUUGACAAAAGAGUUCCCAUUCCAGUGGAUCGAAGUUGUGGUGGCUUGUGAAUUUGAGCAGUGACAGACAACAAUCAUAGGAAUGACAACUCAUGUAGCCAGCAGAGAUGACUUACACCACUCCAAACUAGUGGAUCUGAAUAGCUGCCUUUAAAAAAAAAUUUUUUUUAAACACUGGGAAACAUUCCAAAGCUUAAGGAUGCUGGUGUAUACUCUUGUAUUUGCCAUUCAAUCCAGUUUCUAAAAAUUGGAUUUUACCUUUUUUUUCUCAUUUUCAUCACAUCUGAUUUAAUAAUGUUUUACAUCCAUUUGAUAAUUUGCUUGACUGGAAAUCCCCAUCUGCACCUUUUAAAUGUAUUCUAAAUUAGUUCUGGGGCAGAAAUCAUUUUUAAAAAAAUUUGGGAAAAUUUGUGACUUGCACGGGGUUUUGAAAACUAGGCUUGUAGUUAUUUGUUCUUUAAAGAAAUUGACCGGGUAGUGAGCCGCUUCCUUUUAGGAGUGCUUCUAAACCCUUCUAUGAUCUGUUUGCCUUUCUCAUUCCAACCUUAGUUCUAGAGCAUGAUGGGUAAAACUGGAGAAGGAAGAAAAAGUUAGAUCUCACGAUAGGAACAAGUUUUUGGGAGAACUUGAAAGCGCCCAGACCCCCAGCAGGUUUAAGGGGCACAGCACUGGCAUUUGCAGGGAGUUUCACUGAUAACUUCUAUCUCAGAGAUUCAUUUUUUUCCUCCCUAGUCACUGCUGGUUUUUCUCUGACUGUUAUAGUUGCCAGGAAGAUCGUUGCUUUUCUUAUUUUUAAAACUAGCAUUUAUAUAACAAGUUGGAUGAAAUGGAAUGGGACUAAAUUCCUCAAAUCUUUACGGUCAUAAUCAGUGUAAGGAUUAAAAUCCUGUUAUGGAGAUGACAGUCCAAAUCUGCUUCAGGUCCUGUGUCUUAGAAAAUGAGUAUUUUCAAACAGAACUUAUUUAUUGCUUCAUUUUGGGAAAGUUAACAGAUAGUAUUAAGGUGGUAGAAGCAGAUUUUAGCUUACCUUUGGUUCCAGUUAUUUGCAAGAAGGUACAAUUCUUUAAUAUUCAAGGUCAUUAGGUUUCUUCUAGCCUCUCCCCUUCUGAACUUAUGGAAAGAGAAAAAAGAAAACUGCACAUACUCCCUUCCUGGCCACGCAUGCAUAGAAACAUAAAAACAAGAGUCAGAUGCAUUGGAUUUAACAAUGUCCUGAAUUUAAAAGGCCAAUGUAUUAUGCUUUUGCAAUAUAUCAGUGGUACUUUAAUCAGUCAUCUGACUAUUUACUCAUUAAACUUCAUCUUAAAAAGUUAAAUCUCUUUACUUUCGGCUUUCAAGAUAAGGUUUUAAAUGUAAUAGGAAACCCUUCAUUUAAUGGCAGGUAUCAGUCCAGCAAAUGAAAGAGUUUUGUUUUGCUUUUAUUUUUUUUUUUUUGAACUGGUACAUGAAGGACUUUUUGUGCUCCUAUUUCUAUUUAUGUAAACACUGUGGAAUUUCUUUGCACCUUAUUGAACUAGUGUAUGAGCCUGUGUGUCAUAUAAUUAACACUGGAGGUAAAUUCACAUAACUAUGGGCCUGGCCCACCCCCAAUUCCUGCCCCCAGACAAACAGAAAUCAUGGAUAAAGGAUAAUGUCUUAACUUGUGGGGGUUUUUCUUAGUUUUGUUCUGCCAGAGAUUGAACCCAGGACCUCACACAUACAAGGCAAGUGCUCUACCACUAAACAAUAUCACGGGUCCCUUGUGUUUUUAGACUUGAUAGUUCCUAAAUGGAAUCUGAAUGAUGGAAAUGAUGCUUCCUGGUAUCAUGGUUAACUUUUUUUCUUUCAGGGUGUGAAUUUUUCACCCUGGCUUUAUUCAAAUAAAUGGGAACAUGGAAUUUAGAUUCCUCCCCCUAAAAAAAUGAUAUAUUUCACUCUUUAGAACCCAGUGAAACUUAAUAGGUAAAAGAAGUGUCCUUUAAAUCAUCUCAGAUGAUGUACCACAAUAAUGUACAUUAUGCUCUCUUUCUUUUCUUAGUUAGAUCAGAUAAGAAUGACUUACUUCCUCCCUGAAUCCAUUACAGUAGGGACUGGGCUUUUAACCUAACUGCCCUGGGCACAGCUCUAAUUGUAAAACAGGCCUGGUAUGUGCAUGCUUUGCUAUGUUUGAAGUUCCUUUAAGGACAAAGAAAAGUACACAUUUCUUCAUUUGAGCAUAUCUGCUUUUGCUAAAAAUCUGCUCAUUCUAAAACACACUCUCCUUCACCAAUUCCUUGGAAAUGAGCUGGUUCCAAGUUUUUCCUGUGAAUAAAGCACCCCCGCAUUUUCCCGUAAGUUCUUAAUUAAACUUAUGCAGCUUCUUUACCUGAUUUUAGAAAAAGAGAACAGAAAUAGGGGCUUAAGCCUUUUUACUACAGAUUUUAGGUCCAAGAAGAUAUUUCUUUUCAUAUAAUUAUGAUAUUAGGUCAUUCGGUUGGGUUUGGAAGGGGUGUGUAUGCAGAUUGUUCUUAUCCUUAAGUGAUUUAUUUCCAGAGCCUUUCAAGGGGAUGCAGGUGAGGCGCCCUCUCCCUCCCCAAAUCUGUGGUAGUUCAUGGAUUCUCCUUUAAUUAUCCCCUACCAUAGUUAUAACAAUAGUGGUCAUGCUGGAUUAUUUGUUAAAUCGAGGUUGUCUGCCUCAUACCAUCAUGUUGUUUGCAGUAUUCUUGCUUUCUGUUUCUACUGAGUGUAACUUUGGGAUUUCUACUGUGAAAUGCAUGUUCCCAAUCCUGCUUUUAUUCCCAGCUUUGUUUUGUUUUCUGCAAAAUGUGUAGCUUACUCUUUUGUACAACAAAAAUUUCAUUCUGACUACUUUUAAUAAACAUACUGUAAGAAUGAUCAGUGAUCUUAUUUUCUUCUUUUUUACAUAUUUAAAAUGUUUGGCGUAUGAAUGUAAUGUUAUUAAAGUCAGUGACACUACUGUAUCUUGCACUGUUUUUGCAUUAUGUCAUCCACUUCUAGGGAAUUAAAAAGCCUACUAUGUUUUUAAAGACUUAUCAGGUAUAAGCCCAAUACUGCACUGGAGAUAUACACUGCAUGUUUCAUAUGUGGCACUUUUAUGUAUUGUGUUGGGUUAUUGUUCUAGAUUGGACUGUUAAAUACUAUGUUUGAGGCUGGAUUGUCAUUUUUAUAACUGUCUUGGUGUUUUAUCGCCAUUAUUUAUUACUUUUGAUAUACAGAAUGAGCUGCAUGCAUUUAUAGAGCAAUAAGAGGAUGUAUUUAAUGUGCCUUGUUUUUAACUGAAUAAGAACUGAAAGCAUGAAUCAAUAAAACUGAUUAAAAUGGUC